UUCGUUUUUUUGUACCAACAGUCUUUAUGGCUGCAAUCCUAUACACACUUACCUUACUGAGAAUAAGACCUAUUGAACAAAACGAGACUUACUUCCAAGUAGGGACGGGUGAGAAUUUUGAUUCAGUUUGCAUUUCAAGCAGAAUCUAUCAAAUUUUCACUUUUAGAAACAAUAUGAGAACUGAAACAAAGCCAUCAUUCAGAAUUCACACUUUUUUGAAUUUUGUGAUACAGUUUGCCAACCAAUGAGGAUCCCCUUCUCUUACGACCACACAAUGAUCAUAGGAAGGUUCUGUGGUCUCAUCUGUGCCCAAUAGAAAUGAAUAUAUGAAUGAAAAUAACAUGCAAAAAUGCAUUAUAUGAUGAGAAAUGGCUUCAGAAAUGUGUAGACUAGUCAAAACUGCCUACAAAAAUGUGUUUAUUUAGGAUAAAUUCAAGCUAUAAUGCUGGAGAAUUUCUAGGAGGAUUUUUUUGAAAAUCUUUUGCAAAUUGCUGCAGAAACACAGAGAACUGAAUUUCAGAUUGGAAAAUGAGAACCUGAGAGAGCCAAAAUUCACAACUCUUUCCAUCCCUACUUCCAAAACAAAAAACUAGGAGCUUGGAGCGAAUACUGUGGAUUGGAUACAGAGAUGCAUGAAUGGAGCUCAUGGAAAGGGGUGCCCCACCUUUUCUGGAAUUUGGAAGAUCCUCCAUAACAACAUGGGAGAAGACUUGGAAUAUGAAUUCAGCUGAAUUAUUUGAUGAUGCAGACAGUGCUGAAGUUAUUAUCAAAAAUAUUAUGAAAGUAGAAACAGACAAAGAAGAUGAAGUCCUAGACUGCUCUGUGAUACCAAGACCUGAAAAAACCCCACUGGAUGGUUUAGUGACUUCUCUACAAGACACCAAUAAACGAAAACGGACCUUGUUUGGUUGUGAUAGCUCAGGAAGCCACCAAGAAAUUGUACCAAGUGUGAAAAAAAGAGGCCUUAUACAAGAGGGCCUUCGUUCAAACUUGAUGCACAGAGAUGGAUCACCUACUCAGGAAGAUGUGGAACAGCCAAGCAAGAGCAAGAAUCCCAGCAUAACAUGGCUGUGUGAAGAAGAAGCCUUAAAUACCAUUGUCAUGCCAUCAUACAAGAAACCUCUGUAUGGGAUCUCACACAAAAUUACAGAGAAGAAAAAUUUGCCGGGGACAGAGCAGUUCACUUCCUAUGAGUUGUUUGAAAAGGUUAAUCCUAGCAGUCCUUCCAAUCUUCGGACACUGAAUGAGCAACGCAAAAGAGAUACGAGUGCUAUUACACCUGCUGCUUCUGAGUCUGACCCAAAUAUAUAUUCUUUGAUACAAAAAAUGUUUUACACACUUAAUACCUUAAAUUCCAACAUGACUCAACUUCACAGCAAAGUAGACUUGUUAUCACUAGAAGUCAGUCGAAUUAAAAAGCAUGUCAGCCCUGCAGAUACUGUAGCAGAAUUCAGGCCACCUCCUGAGUACCAGCUGACUGCCUCAGAACUCAAACAGAUCAUGGAUCAGAGUACUUCAGGUGGAGAUUUGGCUUGCCGAUUAUUGGUACAGCUUUUCCCAGAGCUCUUUAGCGAGGAUGAGUUAAGCAGGACCUGUAGUACCUGUGGCUAUCUUAACAAAAAGAAACUUGAGUCACUUCAUCUGCAGCUCAUCCGAAAUUAUGUGGAAGUCUGCUACCCUUCUGUGAAGAAUCCUGCAGUUUGGCAGGCAGAGUGUUUGCCUCAGGUCAAUGAUUUUUUCAAUAGCUUUUGGGCUCAGAGGGACAUGGAAAAUAGUCAGCCAGAUAUACAAUCCUGCAGUUUUUAUGAGGCUAAUCAAGUCAUUGAUGAUAAGGAGGAUGAAGAAGCUCUACCCAUAGAUAGGAGUAGUUCCAUUGCCUCUGAGUGGGUAUUUGAUGCUCAGGAUAUAAAUGAAUUUUUAGAUGAAGCUUCCUCUCCUGGAGAGUUUUGUGUCUUUUUAUUACACAGAUUGUUUCCAGAACUCUUUGAUCAGAGAAAGUUGGCUGAGAGAUAUAGUUGUUAUGGAGAAUGUGGAAAACAAGAACUUGACCCUCAGCGACUUCAGGUAAUCCGUAGGUAUACAGAGAUUUACUUUCCUGCUAUGCAGGAGAGAAAAGCCUGGUUACAGCAUUGUGUUCAACGAAUAAAUGAUGAACUUGAAAGCAUGUAUAUGGAUGAUAGUGAGAGUGAACAGAUGAGAGAAGAUUGCUAUGAUUCUUCUAGUUUGCCUGAUGAUGUGUCUGUUAUAAAAGUGGAAGAUAAUUUUGAAUAUGAAAGGCCAGGCAGAAGGUCAAAAAAGAUUUGGCUUGUGCCUAUAGACUUUGAUAAGCUUGAUGUCCCUUCCCCUGAUUUUGAUGUCCCUAUCCCAGACUACCUGUUAAGCAAGGAACAGCUUAAGAACAUAUAUGAAAGCAGCUUGUCAAUUGGCAAUUUUGCUUCGCGGUUGCUAGUUCACUUAUUUCCUGAAUUGUUUACCCAUGAAAACUUAAGGAAGCAAUAUAAUUGUAGUGGAUCACUGGGUAAGAAACAGCUUGAUCCUAUUAGGAUUAAAUUAAUUCGACACUAUGUUCAAAUGCUAUAUCCAAGAGCAAAGAAUGAUAGAGUAUGGACUCUGGAAUUUGUUGGAAAGCUUGAUGAAAGAUGUCGUCGCAGAGAUACUGAGCAAAGACGUACGUACCAACUACAGCGAAAAGUCCAUGUGCCAGGACCUGAAAGGAGAGAAUUUCUAACCUAUGCAAUAAACCCAGAAAGAUUUAAAGAAGAAUUUGAAGGACCACCAUUGCCUCCAGAAAGAAGCAACAAAGAUUUUUGCAAGAUACCACUUGAGGAACUUGUUGUUCCUCCUCCAGACUUUCCUGUGCCUUCUCUGUAUCUGCUGUCUGACAAAGAAGUAAGAGAAAUAGUACAGCAGAGCCUAUCAGUUGGGAACUUUGCUGCCAGACUUUUAGUAAGGCUUUUUCCAGAACUCUUUACUUCAGAUAACCUCAGACUGCAAUACAACCAUUCAGGGGCUUGUAACAAAAAGCAGCUCGAUCCUGUCAGACUGAGACUAAUCCGUCAUUAUGUUGAAGCCGUUUAUCCUGUUGAGAAAAUGGAUGAAGUGUGGCAUUAUGAAUGUAUACCAAGCAUUGAUGAAAGAUGCAGACGUCCCAAUAGAAAAAAGUGUGAUAUAUUGAAAAAAGCCAAGAAAGCAAAAAAGUGAUAGGAUCUUUUAAGUUUCCAAAGAUGUUGACCACUAAGUUAUUUAGAAGUGGACUGAGAGAUCAGUCUGUUUUAGACUGAUACUCUAGUCACUCAGCACUGGAGCAACUGACCAGAAAAACUUGCUCUAAUAUGUUGCUCUAACACAUGGGAAAAGACAAUGCAGUGGGGGAUGUAUUGUGGAAGAAGAUAUUUUAUAGCUCAGUUCAUUUCAAUAUGCCUUUAUGUAGGCUAGGUUCCUGAUGGUGCCUUUACUACCUACUUACUUGGUACACAACAAGGAAUCAUAAAUUAUUAGAGAUGUUCUAGUAAUAUCUCAUUUAAAUAUAAUCAUCAGUGGAAAUAAAUUAUAUAGUUUUAACAUUUUUAAUUGAUCUUUAACAGUAGUCUUGUGCUCCUUAAGACAGUUUUAAGUACCUUUUAAUCAGUCAUUUGGAAAUUAACUAUUUUUUAAAUCUUUCACACCUAUAGUUUUUGAAGUGCCAUAGUCUUGCUCUUUAAAAGAAUGGAGAAUCAAGACAGUUCUGUACUAAUUAUAGCUAUUGUAUUAAUUUGUGUAUUGGGAGAGUAAAAUACUACAAAAUCAAUCAACAGAAAAAUUACAAAUUUCUUUGAAGGUUUCCCAUUUUGUAGCUGAAUUGUUAUAAGAUUAUGAUCAUGGCAUUAUUGAACUUGUGUUAAGAUUGUAGUACUGAUACUUCAGUUUUUAUUCAUAUAAGUUAUUUCAUUGUCUUUGGUGUGACUUCUUUGUAUAAAAGCUACUGGUAUGAGUAUAGGUUGUGAAAUAGAAUCCUGCCCUAUAUCAGUAGAACAUGGUGCUAUUACCUGUUAUUCUCACUACUUAUUAAAAAAAUACUUGAAUUGAGGAAUGUACAAAAACAUUUACGCCCAUAUUAUUUUUGUUAGUAAAGUGACUGCAGCCUUUCAAAUGUUUAAUUAAAUGAUAUGUAUCUAUAUAUUUGAUUGUUUGGAAUACCAUAUAGCAAGGGCCGCCUGCAUCAUAUGUUGAUUUAAUAUUCAUAACUUCAACUACAGUGUCCACCCAGAGGAUUUCAAUAUCAUGGAGACUGUGAACCUUCAUUGAUUGACUUGAAAUUUCUUUCUAUAUAGUUGAAUGCACUGGAGUCUGGGUGAAAGCUAAUUGAUUGUAUGUUUACAUUAAUUAUACCCAAACUCCAGUGAAAUGUUAGCUUUUCUGCUUUUUCCUGGAGUGUGCUACAUCACAUCAAGGCUUUGUUUUCUUCUUUCUUUGGCAAUCAUGACAGGGGUGAAUAAAACCAGUGUGUUCUGCACUUUAGUCCCAUUGAUUUCAAUGGGACUGAAAUGACUUAACUCCCUAGGAUCAAACCCAUUGGAUUUCAUGGGUUCAUGGAGGUUUCCAGCAUUUGGUUCAUUGAGGAAAACUAAUCCCGGUCUCUGGAUCUGCUGUCAUCUUGAAUAGGGCAAACUGUAUACAUAACAGUUCCAUGUGCAUACUGGGUUAUGCAAUGGGCUGUGGACUCGGAUGCUUUCCUGAUGCUAAUGACAAUGAUAAGUUAAUACCAGUCAUUUCUGGUUUGACACACUCAUUUGAUACUCCUGUGUGGUUAUUUAGAUCAAGUUACCAUAUAUCAAAAUAAAACUUUAUUUUAUACCAACUGAAUUAAAUUUGAUAUAUUAAUGCAGCUUUUUAGAAUAUAUUGCUCCCAUGAUUACAAACAGCCUUUUUCUUUGUUUUUUUUAAUGCCAAGAACUGGCCAGGUCUUAUUGAGACCAUUAGUAGACAAGUGUUAAUCCAUUGUUUUCUGAUCAGUUAACAACAUCCUAAAAGAAUGCAACUAGUAUCGAUGAAUGUAAUACCUGUAUCCUAAUCAGGGUAGAGUCAACCUUUUACCAAAAGCAGAUAAAAUGGCUGUAUUUCUCUUUAUGCAUAUUUAGCAAAAUGAAGGUUUUCUUUUAUGGCUUGUGUUUUAUUUAGUUGUGUGCUACCUAAUAACACCAUCUUUGGACAAUAUAAAGCAGCCUUGCAUAACCUAAUGCCCUGCAGAUGUUUUGGCCUACAGCUUCUAUAACCUCAGUGUAAUGGGAGUUGUAGUCCAAAACAUAUGAAGGGCAUCCUGUUAGGGAAGGCUGCUACAAUCUGUCAUGAAAAUAGUAAGUUACUAGUAUUGCAAAUGUAUAUAGUCAACUCAAAAGUAU